AUGGCAGCGGAGACAGCUGCGAAACGACUGAAGAUGGAUCCCAUUCGCAUCGGCACCCAUAAUGGCCACUUCCACGCCGACGAAGCCCUUGCGGUGUACAUGCUGAAGAUGCUGCCCGAGUACCAAUCGGCCGCCCUUGUUCGCACGCGCGAUCCCUCCCUGCUUGAGACCUGUCAUACCGUCGUCGAUGUUGGAGGAGAGUAUGACAAUGGCAAGAAGCGAUAUGAUCACCAUCAGCGGACUUUCAAUACCACCUUUCCCAACCAUGCUACUAAACUGUCCUCUGCGGGGCUUGUUUACAUGCACUUCGGAAAAGCCAUCAUUGCCCAACAUACCCAGCAGCCUCUUGACUCGCCGGAUGUCGAACUUCUGUACCAAAAGCUGUACGAUGACUUUGUUGAAGCGGUCGAUGCCAACGACAACGGCAUCAAUCAGUACGACCCUGCAGCCCUGGAUCAGGCGGGCAUUGAGAAGAGAUUCAGUGCAGGAGGCGUGACACUGGCAAGCAUGGUGGGCGAUUUGAAUCAUGAAGAUCCCUUGAAUCCCGGCGUUAGUCGCGCUACCGAGGCGGAACCCCAAGCUGAGGAGGACUACCGAUUUGGUCUUGCCUCGAACCUCAUGGGCACCACAUUUUUGAGGAAACUCCAUGGUGCUGCUACUGCUUGGCUACCGGCACGCGCUAUCGUCAAGAACGCAUUUGAGAAUCGGGCGCAGAAUCAUCCUUCCGGCCAGCUCAUGACAAUUCCUCGCGCUGGCAUUCCCUGGAAAGAGCACCUGUACACGAUUGAGGAUGAAGCUGGCCUUUCGGAUGCCCAGAAGGUGCUCUACGUUGUCUAUCCCGAGAAGGAGGAGCCGGGAUCCAAGUGGCGCAUUCAAUGCGUCUCUCACAGUCUCUCGAGCUUCCAGAACCGCAAGAGUUUACCUGAGCCGUGGAGAGGCCUUCGCGACUCAGAGCUAGACAAUGUUCUUGGUGCUGAUGUCGAGGAUGGAGCAAUGUUCAUCCAUGCAUCCGGCUUCACUGGAGGUCACAAGACAGAAGCUGGCGUCAGAGCCAUGGCGGCCCUGGCGCUCGCAGCAUGA